AUGAAUUUAAGUCCAACAAAAUAUGACACUCCAACGAAACUGCAAUCUAAAAUAGAUCUAAAGAUGAGGAAGAGUGGGAUACCAGUAGCUUUAAAAAGAUCACCAUAAUUUUAACUAUUAGAUUGUUUCAUGUUGACCUACUUUCAUCUUCCAUCCUUUGCAGAGUAAAUUUUAUAGUAUGAUGUAUCAAGAUAAUUUAACAAUAGGAUUCAAUAAUUAAUGAAGAAGGAGUGACUUUAUUUUUGCAAAAGUUGUUUGUUUAGUUAAUAUUUUGCAAGAAGAAAGACACAUCAGCGAUAGAAGUCUAUUAAUAUAUGAAGGAUGAUUAUAAUACUAGAUAUAAAAAUGUUGAAGAAUUUUUGGUUAGGUUUUUUGAGAAAGUUGAUGAGUCAAUUUCAAAAUAUAGAACCAUGCUUAAUGAAUUUGUCGAAGAACAUCCAAUUAGAGAUUUAUUUAUAGGUAAAUUCAUUAAAGGAAAUGAUGAAAUAACAUUUAAUUUAAUUAAGGUGGACCUAGAUGAUGAAUCCUUUAUGGAAGGAUUAUAAAAGAAAUUUGAGCAAGAAGAUUGUUCAAUAAAAGAGUUACCAAAAAUAUUAUAAUUUGAAAUAACUAGAAAAGCAAAUUUGGUCUUAAUGCCUAUCAUAUAUUUAGAUCAAUUUAUGUAUUCUAAUAAAGGAACUAUAAAAUAACAUCAAUCAGAUAUCAAAGAACUAACAAUUAAGAGAGAAGAAAUAGUUUAGAAGAUUAAAUGUAUUGAAAACUACUAAUAAACUUCUUAAAGCAUUCCUUAGCUAUUACAAAUGACGAUCAAUAUUAUUCAAGAUUAAAGAACUGAAUUAGUUGAUGGAGAUCCAGCAAUCGAAGGAUUUUUAUAAUUGAUUAUUGAUGCAAACAAAGAAUUAGACUUAUUGAAAGAGGAACUACACAAAAUGGAUUAGCAAAUUAAAUUAAUUAUGGGUAAUUUCAAUAAAAUAGAGUAUAAUUUACACGCUGUUAUUAUAUAUGAUGGAGAAUAUGAAUGUGUUUACAUCAAUAAUAAUUAAUAAUGCUUUUUUUUUGAAGAUGGAUUCGUAGAAGUAAGAAAGAAAUUUGAAAUAGAAAUGCAUUUUUCCCCAGAAACUGUUGUAUAUUUGGUGUAUAAGGAUAAGAAUCUUUAAAGUGAAUAUAGUUUUACAGGUGGACAGGGAGAUCUCUUAGAUAUGGAUGAUAGGAAACCUUACGAAUCUCUAAUCAGAAAAGAACUUUAAUAGUAUGCUGUAUAGUUCAAUCAAAAAGUAGAUCAGGAAUUGUUAUUCUUAAAAUAAUAACAACAAGCAGAAGAAGUGUUUUAAUAGUAUCUAACGAGAUCCAAUAUUGUUAUUCAAUUGGUUUAGAAAAAGCACUCUAUUUAGGUUCCUCACUUAAAUAAUUUUGCUACUUUCUUAUGCUAUUCUUAAAAGAAAAUUGAUGACUACGUUAAAUGGUAAAUAUUGGAUUGCAGCAUUAGAGAUGUUACAGGCCAGUCCAUUUCAGAUAUUAAGAAUAUGAAUGCCUUUGCUUAAAAAUUGAGUGUGUUACUCCAAAAUUAACCAUUAAAGGCACCCACUCAAUUAACAGUCAAUAAAAAAGAUAUGUAAAUCAUGUAAAUUAGGUUGACUGAUUAUGUUUAAUAUUAGUAGAGCACAAAAGUGUUAACAUACUCUUUAGAGUGCAUUCUUUAAGAAAACAAAUUGCUAGCUUUAAAUGCUAUUAGAUUUAUUUAUGAGAAUGGAUAAAACAAUAUUGUUGCCCAACUGAGUUAAGAAAUAUUAAAAGCUUUCAUGAUUCAUUUGGCUAUUUUAACUUUUAAAUUUCAUCAACAAUAAAAUUAUGGCUUAUUUUGGGAACAUAUCUAAUGGAUCAUGGCUUAUUGGCCAUAUAUGAACUAACAAGAUCAAGUUCACUAAUAAGUUUUUUUAAUGAUUAAAGAUUUGAAAAAGAAAGCUAAUAAAAAAGCACUGAAUUCUGAUCAAGAAAAAAAAAUCAAAAAAUUUAUAUCAUCUGUGGAGGAUAAGAAGCUAACAGAUAUAGGAAACAACAUUUUACUAAGAUAGGAUCCCGUAAUAUACUCAUAAUAUUUUAGGUCUUAGAAGCUAUUGCUAUAAUUGAUUGGAACUAAGAUCAUUAUUAUUGGUUGCCUGAUAAGUCAGACGACAUUUCCUAAUAACUACUAAUGAACACUUCAUUGAUUUAAUAGUACCUUUAACUUGAGUUUUAAUUUGUAAAAACCAUUAUGUAAUAAUAAUGUACUUUUACUUAUGACGAAAGGAUCAAAAUGGUGCUACAUAGUUAAUUAUGA